ACAUUUAAUUUCUCAUUCUUUGUCGAUCAAGACCCAUUCUCUAAAACAAUCUCUCUUGAAAGCUCUCUCCAAAUUCCCAAGGCAGAGCAGUGAAGAAGAACCUUAAAUUACUUAGAAGAGAGAAUUAAUGGCGAGUAGUAUUAUUCCACUCUUGGCCAUGAUUAUUGUACAAUUGGGCUAUGCAGGGAUGAAUAUUACCUCAAAGCUUGCAAUACAAUCUGGCAUGCAACCUCUUGUACUUGUUGCUUAUCGCCAAAUUUUUGCAACUAUUUCCCUUGCUCCCUUCGCUUUUUGGUUUGAACGGAAUACGGCUCCCCGAAUGACAAAGCACAUUGCGCUCCAGAUAUUACUAUCUUCCUUAACAGGAGUAACAGGAAAUCAGAUUCUAUACUUUUUGGGGCUUAAAUAUUCAACCGCUACAAUUGCAUGUGCACUAAACAACUUGCUCCCAGCAUUCACUUUUGUUCUUGCAGUCCUCUCUAGACAAGAGAAUUUGAGAAUCAAGACUAGGGCAGGGGUAGCGAAGGCCUUAGGAACAGUCCUUAGUGUGGGUGGAGCGGUGCUUUUAUCAUUUUACCAUGGAGAAGUCCUUGGUCUAGGUGAGUCAGAGAUUCACUGGAGAUAUGCAGAAAAAAUGCAAAGAGAAUCCUCUUCUUCUGGGGGUGGAACAAACUUGAUUCUAGGCCCUGUUGCUGUAAUUGUUAGUGCUCUUCUUUGGGCAGUAUGGUUCAUAGUUCAAGCAAACAUGAGCAAGAGCUAUCCAGCUCCUUACACUAGCACUUUCUACAUGUGUUUGAUGGCAAGCAUUCAGUGUGUGGCCAUUGCCUUGUCUGCUGAACACAAUGUCUCAGCUUGGUCACUCCACAGUACUAUAAGACUCACCUCUGCACUUUAUGCGGGGACUAUUUCUACUGGGCUAGCGUAUGUGCUAAUGUCAUGGACCAUAGAGAGGAAAGGUCCCCUUUAUGUGUCUGUGUUCUCCCCUUUGCUGCUUGUCAUCAUUGCUGUUGCUAGCUGGGCUUUGCUUCACGAGCAAUUAUACGUUGGAACUGCCAUUGGGUCUCUGCUGAUAGUGUUGGGGCUAUAUUUUGUUUUGUGGGGAAAGAACAAAGAGAUGAAUAAGAUAGACAUGGUUGAAGUUGAAGGCACAGUCAUGGAGGCAAUAAAGGAAAGCGAGAAGGAUGAGGUGAAAGACCUGGAAUUGCAACCCUAUGAUCCUUCCAACGGUAAUGGUAACCAUCAUGAUGCUAAUUAAAGGGAAGAGGAAGUGACAUGCAGAGGAUUCAAUGCAGAUCAAGUGCAUGAAGACAAGACGUUUCUAACGUCUAGUGCAUUUUGUAAUCUUGUGUCACAUUUGAAAGCCUAGAUUGAAAAUUGCUCCUACACAUUUUAAUUUAUUACCCCUAUCUGGCAAUAAGAAUAUUGUCAUUCUCAAGUUGAGAAAAGAUUGUUAGAUGUUACUAAACGAUAUGAAUUCCAUCACUCGUGCAUAACCAUUACUUUUCUGAUAUUAA